AUGUCUGUGAAGAAUAAAUUAUUAAAAGCAUUAAUUCUUGGCGCCCCUGCUUCGGGUAAAGGGACGAUAUCGUCGCGUAUAGUAAAGAAAUACAAUAUAGCCCAUGUGUCAUCUGGUGAUAAAUUAAGAGACCACAUUGAAAAGCAAACUGAUUUAGGUAAGACCGUGAAAACUUUCUUAAAUGAAGGGAAACUAGUGCCGGAUGAUGUGAUGAUAAAAUUCAUGGUAACUGAGCUGAAAAAAGUUGAGGAUCAACCUUGGUUAUUGGAUGGUUUUCCAAGAACCGUAGGCCAAGCUGAUGCUUUGUGGAAAGUUCAACCUGUGGAUGUGGUUCUAAACUUAGUAGUGCCAUUUGAAGUUAUAAUAGAUAGGGUUAAGAACCGUUGGGUACAUUUACCUUCAGGAAGAGUGUAUAAUAUAGGAUUUAACACCCCCAAAGUUAAAGGUAAAGAUGACAUAACAGAUGAAGCUCUUGUACAAAGGCCAGAUGAUAAACCUGAGGCUGUUCAGAAGAGAUUGGAGAUAUAUGAGAGUGUCACACGGCCUGUAAUUGAGUUUUAUACGGCAAAAGGAAUACUCAAAGAAUUUCAUGGACGCACAUCAGAUGAAAUUUGGCCAAAAGUAACAGCAUAUUUAGAUGCUAUUUUUGCUAAGGUUUAG